AUGGAUUCUCAGGGGAUCAUUUGGGUUUUUUCCACAAUUUUUCUAUGUCUCCUGUUGCAUUUUCCUUUUGAAAUAGAGGCAACAUCAAGAAAUGAAUUAUUGAAUGAUGUAUGUCAUCAAAGUCCAGAUGACAAAUCUUGCAUAAAAGCUCUGAAAUCAGACCCCAAAAUAAGUAGAGUUUCAAAUUUAAAGGGCUUAACGAAUGUUGCUCUAGGAGAAGCAAGAGAAGAAUCAAUUGCCACAAAAAAGUUCUUUAUUUCUCUUAAAGAUAGCUCUGACCCAAAAGUGAAAAAAGCUCUUAAGGAGUGUGCUAAAUAUUUUGGUGAAGCUAAGUCUAUGCUUAAUCUCGACGGACUCGAAGGUGACACUGCCAGUUUAGAUGUUCAUUACGCUCUUGAUAGUUGUGAGCAAUGCGAAAAUGCAUUAAAAGAGGCCAAUGUUCAUAUCGGAGCAAUUGCUCCUCAUAUUAAGAGAUGGAAGGACUCUUAUAAUGUUGCUUACGCAGCUGUAGUAGCUACUGAAAAUUCAGAAACUAUUACUUGA